CUUGUAAAAAUGGUAGCCAUGUUUAUUCUAAACAAAACUUUGCCGGGAUAAAAACAAGAUUCUUCGAACCGCUUGCUAUUUUUUAAUCAGCUAAGCUAGAUAUUUUACCGUUUAUAAUUUCUAUUUUGUAACUUUUAUUUCGGUUAUUCAUCAACGUCUAAGCAAUAUACUUGAUGGAAUUGGAAUGAGAAAUGGUUGAGGUUGAGUCGUUGACCCUGUCUGAUGAAGAAAAGAAACUUCUGGAGAAUUAUGACAGCCGACUAUUUGGAUUUAUUCGUUGGUAUGAGCCUGUUGCUGAAACAAUAAGUAACUUAAAUCAUAGAACUUUACUUAAGAAGGGUAUACAGCACUUGGUAAACAAACUGAAAGUUGAGGGUAAAAGUGUGGAUGCAUCUGUUUUUUGUAAAUUAGGGCAUUAUCACAUUCUUCAGGAAGAGUAUCCCAAAGCUAUGUCAGCAUAUCAGCGCUACUUUGGUCUUUCUGAGGAAUACUUUAAGGAUGCUCCCUUUUUGUAUGGUCUUGGAAUUGUCUACUUCCACUUCAAUGCAUAUCAAUGGUCAAUAAAAGCAUUUCAGCAACUUCUUUAUGUUGAUCCAAGCUUUGCAAGAGCUAAUGAAGUUCACUUGAGAUUGGGACUGAUGUUUAAGUCAUUGAAUAACUUUGAUGCUAGUUUAAAGCACUUUCAGCUGGCAUUAUUAGAUUCAAGUCCUUGUUCAUUGUCUAAAGUUGAGAUUCGAUUUCAUAUUGCUCAUCUCUUUGAAAUUCAAUCUAAAUAUGAACUUGCCAAAGAGGCAUAUCAAGCCAUUAUUGCUGCACCAGGAAUGCCUCAAAAUAUACAGUCUGUUGCUUGGAGACAGCUAGGAUGGAUGCACCAUUCCCAUCAUCAGCUCGGCGAAAAAACGCAGAGAAUUCAACAAGCUGUGCAAUGUCUUCAACGCUCAUUAGAACUUGAUACAAGCAGCGGUUCAUCUUGGUAUUUUCUUGGGAGGUGCUAUGCGCAACUCGGCAAGAUUCAUGAUGCAUUUACAGCAUACCGUCAUGCUAUUGACAAAGCUGAAGCAAAUGCUGACACAUGGUGUUCGAUUGGAGUUUUAUAUCAGCAACAAAAUCAACCCAUGGAUGCUUUGCAAGCUUAUGUUUGUGCAGUCCAGCUUGAUAAUAACCACAUAGCUGCCUGGACAGAUCUUGGUGUGCUUUACGAGACUGGAGGUCAUUUUCAAGAUUCCAUGGUAUGUUACACAAAUGCUUUAAAAGCAUGUGGAAGUCCAAACACAGGGUUGGAAACAAGGAUGAAAAUUUUAAAGGAGAAAAUGGCAAACCCAUUAGUUGCUGAAAUAAAUAAGAGCUUACCUAGUAUAGAAGAGGCAUGGAAACUACCUAUUCCAGCUGAGUUAACAACGAGGACUGUCAGAUUGGUUCAACAGGCUCGACUUAACCAGCAAGUAGUUCUCCAUGCUCGUAAUCAAUUUUUAAACACUUCGCAAAAACCUGGUACAUCAACUGAAGGUUCAUUAAAUGAGCAAUCUAACAUUAGGGACCCUCUUAAACCAGCCACUGAAUCUCUAUCAACCACUGAUCCUAAUAUAGAUACACAAAUAAUGGAAACUUUAGACAAUAUGAAAAAUCCAACUAGUGACUUGAAUUUAGAUGGAAUGCAUUCCGCAAUCUUUAGUGACAAUGUACAGCCUGUUGUUAAUGAGAGCUGUCAGCAAGAUUCUUUUCAUAUGGAUGUAACCAUGACAACUUCAAGUGCUGUGCAACCUCUUAUGUCACCAACAAUCCAAUCAAAACAGCUUGCUGAUACUUCUGGUCCAUCGUGGAACCAUAAUUCAUUGUCAAUUAAUAACGAAAAUGAUGGUACCAACCAGCUGUUAAAAUCUGACAAAAACUUAAACCAAAUAAACAAUACUGCUGAAAAUUCUCUGCAUACUCCUAGUUCUGUAAAUAAUGAUACCUUUAUCUCAGUUAGUAAUGCGUUAACUUUGGCAACAGAUGCAAUUACACCUUCUUCACUAGCAUUACCACUAGUGUCUCCAGUAACAACAUCUAAGGAGACACCAAUGAGUAUAAACACAACAUUGGAUGUUGCAUCUCAUAAAGAAAAUUUACUCUCUCCGGGUCUAACAUCUCCUUUAAUAUCACCUAAUCGAAUUGUUAGGUCUCCAAAAGCUCUUUUGUCAAAUGGAUAUCAAGUACCAAAAAUCUGUUUACUCUGGGACGAGAAUACUGUUCCAGCUCCUCCACCACGACCACCUCCUGUUCCAGUUUCUCAGCUUUAUCCACCAACACCAAGCAUCACUGUAUCAGAUCGUAGAGAAGCUAUGUCGCCUGUGCUACGAAAUUUCUGUUUUGACACGCGAAACCCAGUAACGGUUAUUAAAGGAUUGUGUAAAGCUCUAAAGUUAGACCUAAGUUUAUUUACAACAAGACGUCUAGUUGAACAAGCUCCUGACCACACUGUAGAAAUACGAAUUCAGCGGCAACAAAGAACAGAUGAAAAUUGGGAUGAAGAUUUGAAAAAGCAUGUUUGGCCAUGCAAAAGUAGCAAAUCAAAAAUGACCAUUGCAAAGUAUGCACAGUAUCAAGCUAGUACUUACCAAGAUUCAUUACAGAGUGACGAUAAUGAAAAAGAGAAAAAAGAGAAGGAAAAAUUAGAUACAAACAUUGGUGAAAAUAAUAAUAACCCAUCAACCUCCGGACAGAAGCUAAAGAAAAGGAAAUUCAAAAUGAUCAAAUUUGGUACUAAUGUCGAUUUGUCAGACACGAAGAAAUGGAAACCUCAAUUAGCUGAAUUAACAAAAUUACCUCUGUUUUGUAAGGUUGUCUGUGGUAGUAACAUGUUAUGUCAUGUUGGCCAUAAUAUAUUGGGGAUGAAUACUGUGCAGUUAUAUAUGAAAAUACCAGGUUGCCGGACUCCAGGCCACCAAGAAAACAACUCAUUUGCAGCGAUUAAUAUCAACAUUGGUCCAGGAGAUUGCGAAUGGUUUUGUUGUGAUGAGAAAUAUUGGGGCGUGAUCCAUGAACUAUGUGAAAAACAUGGUAUCAAUUUCUUAUCAGGUUCUUGGUGGCCAGUUUUAGAAGAUUUAUACGAAGCACGUGUGCCUGUUCAUCGAUUCAUUCAAAAGCCUGGUGAUUUAGUAUGGAUUAAUUGUGGAAAUGUCCAUUGGGUGCAAUCAAUUGGUUGGUGUAACAAUAUAGCAUGGAACGUUGGACCAUUAAUACCUCACCAGUUCGAGUUAGCAAUCGAAAGAUAUGAGUGGAACAAGCUCCAAGACUACAAGUCAAUCGUUCCUAUGAUCAACCUAUCAUGGAACUUAGCUCGACAUAUUCGCAUACCUGAAUCGCAGUUAGCUAGUCAUAUCAAAUUAUGCAUGGAACGAUCACUGCGUUACUGUGAAAAGACGUAUGACAUUCUCACGGACAUGAAUAUCGAAGUUACAUUUCAUGGAAGAGAGAAAAACGAAGCGGCGCACUACUGUUCCACUUGUGAGGUGGAAGUAUUUAACAUGCUGUUCGUAAAAGACAUCAAUAGGAAACUCAUGGUUCAUUGUCAAGACUGUGCAAGAAAAACUAGCAACAACUUAGAAGGCUUUAUGGUGCUCAACCAGUACUCCCUGGACGAGCUUAGGAAUGUCUAUUCAGCUUUUUGUGCCAAUGUGAUGGCUUUAAAAGGUUCUUCCGCUGUUGCAACGUAGUUGUCAUGGUAAUAGAUGUUAUUUUGAGGGAUGACUUAUAUUGUAGGUAGAAAUUUUUAACGACCGUCAUAUUUUGUAUAUAUUAUCGUUCGUAAUAUUUAUUUGUAGCUAUCUGUGAAUCAAGUAUUAAAAAUUAUAGAUUUUGAAGAUUUUAAAAUUUAUGGCUUUAGUGUGUGUUCUUUAAAUUUUUCGGAUAUCGUUUAAGGUGGGUUUAUGCUCUAAUGAAGUAUUUCAUGCAACUUAGAUCUUCAACCCUUGAUUUGUUGACGAAUUUUUCAGUUUUGCCUAAAGUAAAAGUGUUAUUUUAACAUUUUCAAGGUUGUGAGCCAGUCAGAAAACAGUAAUGACGCACUGUUCCCUGCUACUGUAGAAAAGUAUAAAACCAAGCUUACUUACACUCGCUUGCUCAUGCAGAGAUCAACUCUUUUAUAGAGUUUGGUCCGCAAAAUAAGAUGUAAAAAAAUUUAAUCAAACUUGACAAUAUGGAUUUUUUUUAAAUUUUCAUCAGCCUUAAGUUUAUUGAGAUACCUAAUUUUUUGUUUUUGUGGUUUGGAGAAGAAUACUCUUGGUUUCUAAGUUUGGUUAAAAAUCUAAAGACAGUUUUUCUUUUUGCUUCUGAUUUAAACAAAGUUUUUACAAAAAGCAGCAUUUGUAAGUUGGCAUGGCGAGACAUGAGUGAUAUUGUUACUAAAAUUACAAGAGGAUAUUAGUUACUCCACAAUCAUGAAUAUCUCUUCUCAUUUACCUGAUUUUUCAUCCUAUUUUGUUUUCAUUAUUUCGAGUAUUUCAGAUGAAUUUUUGAGUUGUAAUAUAAUUGUAUUUUUCAUUUUACAUUUCGCUCUUCUUGUAUAGUUCUGUGUUUGUUUAUUGUUUUAAAACAGAAGGCUGGUUUUCCAAUAACAAUUGACGCGCAUGACUGCUUCAGUUCUAAUAGCAAUUAGCAUGCGCAACAACCCAGGCACAUUGAUUUAAUUUCAUUGGUUAACCGAUAAUCUUAAAAACCGAUGUCAAAAUGAUACUCACGUUAUGACUAUUUUUAUUUCUAGGACCUUUUUGUUACGUAAUUAGACUUUCGCCGUCUGAUUACAAGAAUAUAGAAGAAUAGUCCUGGGCGCGAAGUUGUGUUUGACAGUCACCCACUGUGUUAUUGCAUUACUACUUAAAAC